CCUUUAUCUUCUUCCCCUCACAACUCCUCCAACACAAUGAACACACAUUCACUAUAAAACCCCCAAUUACCAUCCAACUGGUCAGUCUGGGUCUAUGCAGAUCACCCAACUCAGUCUCCUUAUGGGUCCUGGUUCAAGGUCCUGCAUCUUAUGUACAUAAGGCCCCUGAUUCACGCCCAGGGACCAAUCUCGCAAGCCUACACUCACCAUGCCUGACAGGAUCUCCACCUACAACCCCACCGCCAAAAAUCGUGCAGCUGCUGACCAGACUCUAGAAAACGGCAAUGUUUCCAACCUGCUCCGAGGCGAACUGAGGCAAGCGCGCCGGAGACUCGCCCCGUCUCCGCCGGCCACCAGCGCCACCAUAGUGCAUGCGAAUAUCGUUUCAGCUGGGCGUGGUGGAUUGACCAGCGGUAUCCCCACUCCGCGGAGAUCGCGGGCGAGCAGUCACCCCGCGCCUCCAGGUCGUACUGCUGGUAUCCCAGCCCGGUCCGUUGGGGCCCCGGCGACCCCUGCAGCCACUGCGCCUCUGCGUUCCUCUCCGUGCGCUGCAGUCCGAAGAACGACAUGCUACCGGUGCAGGGAGCCGCUCGACGAGAGCCAGAUCACCUGGACUGAUUUCCCAGGUGAGCAGGCCGACGAUCAGACCCAGACCACUCACUGGCAUCCCUACUGUCUGAUUGGGUUGGUGGCGGAGGAUGUCCUGCGGCUGAUCCCGGAGAAAGAUGCUCCAAAGGAUGAGAAUGUGGCAGCGACCAUAUUUAAUCGCUUUUAUGGGGGUGCGGAGGGAUCGACAGGAAAGAAGUGGUUCGAUUGGAUUCGUGGCUCCUCGGUUGGUUGGUAAUGAG